UUGAUAGCCGAUGUGUUGGCAUUUUGGCAGCCAAAAUAAUCUCUUAUUUGUUUACAUUUUUCUGAAAUAGAAAAGUAAAUAAGCGUAAAGGACCUAAAAUAGCGGACUGUGUUUAUGAAAGCGAUAUCGUUAUGUGAAAUAAUUAAAAACUUAUUGUUAAUAGACGCCGAUUAUUAAGCUAACAAAAUGUCUCAACCUAACCUACUGGACAUAGUUCCUGAUCAAUUAUUUCAAGCUCAUUAUAUUAGUGAUAUAGACCAGGUACAAAAGAAAUUACAAUAUGAAAUUGAAAGGAAGCGAGAGGAAUUGCGGGCCAUGGUUGGAGAAAGAUACAGAGACUUGAUUCACGCUGCCGAUACAAUUGAAGAGAUGAAAGAAACAACUGGUAGUACUCUAAACCAUAUAACAGAAAUGAUGCAGGCCUGCAAAAACUUACAGAGCACACAUUUAGGUGGAUUUAAAGUUGAUGAUAAACUUUCAAGAACACAAAAUUUUCAGUUCAAUGUGAACCCAAUGCACAGUUUGUCUGUACAAGUGAAACUGUUGAUGGAAAUCCCCGAGAAGAUUUGGACUAGUAUUGAAUCUGAGGACUAUGUGAAAGCUACACAGCUGUUCAUUAUGGCAAGGCACAUUAAUACAGGUCUACAACUCCAAAUAGGAGGCAAAAAUGUGAAGCCUGGUAUGCAGUCCCUACAGAGACUGGUGCAGCAACAGUGGAAUUCCAUAGCAAAUUUUAAUCAAACCAUUAUAGACGAGUGCCGGCAGAAGUUACAGGAUGUUGACAUCAGUGUAGAGGUAGCCUGUUCUUGCCUGGUUAGCUUAUACUUACUGGACUCUCAAUCAAUGGUGGAGCUGCUGAACACUCUAAUAGGCCUUCAUAGUAACAGUAGCCUGAAAUCCACGCUACAAUUUGACCUAUCACAAAUUUUAGAGGGAGAUGUUAAAGCACAGAUUAAAGAUAAGAUUGUAAAUGGUGUGAAAAUUGUUUUGAAAACUGUUGUGCUAGUGUAUUCUUGUUUUGUUGAUAAUGAUGGUGGUGCUGUGCUAGCGAAGUUGCAAGAUUUGUUCAGAAGAGAUUCGCAACCAUUAAUAGAAUUGGUCAAAUUUAGUGACCCGGCCUCCAUAAAACUAUUGCCACCUGCAAUUUGUAACUACAGGCUCUCAUCAAAUAAAGAAGUGCAACCUCUAGCCAAGGAGGAGAUAAAGAAAGGCAUUCAGGAUUGGAAUGUUUGGGUAAAGUCCUUCAUAGAGAGCAACGUGCAGACCUUGCUGCAGAAUAUCACACGAGUCAAGGCGUUACAUGAGAUCAGAGAGGAGGCAUUCAAGAUUGAGACUCCGGCUAACUGGUCCACAAUAUGCACAUCUUUGGAUAUACCAGAAGUCCACGUGUGGUGUCACUACUACCAGCCCCUGUUGACCUCUCGCGUCAAGUCAAUUAUAGACGGGCGGUGGGUCAAGGUAUACGACGCUUUCAAGACACAACUCCUGAUAGACCUUACGAAGGUAUCUUCAGACAGUGAGGCAGAGAAGGAGGCUGAUAUCAACUGGUUCGUGUGGAAAGACCUCAUUGGGGAGACGGUAAUAGAAUCCAGAGCUGAUGUUAUUAAAGUCAUGAAUUCCCUGAUGAAAGGUAUGGCUCGUCAAGACCGCGGUUACACUCCGACAUUGGAAAAACUAUGCCAAAGUUUGGACGAUGAGUUACAGAAACUUCUGGAAGACUUGAGGGUAUACCUAUAUCAAGAUAAGAAGAGUGUCGGCAACAAAGAUAAGCUCCUGUUUGCGUAUGAGGACGACGAUGAUAUUGAUCAAAUCUACAGCGAUAAACAUCUGAUCGAGAUGUAUUUGAGAGAUGUUUCCGAUAGCAAUAUACAGAGUAUGCUCCAAUACAUAAAAGCUUGCUUCGAAGAACCAACCUUGCAAUCAAAUGAACUGCAAAACAAGACAACUGCAAUAUAUACUGCGCGUUUCACACAAGCGAUAUCAGCCCUUAUGCCUCAUUUACGCAAGUGCUACAUUCCGGAGGAACGAGAUAGUUUAGGGGUGAUCAAUAUGGACGAUAAUGCUUUAAAGAGGUGGAAUGACUUAUGUGUGGUAUUGAAGGAACAUUGCCAGUACUGUUGGGGUAAGUGGGUGGAUAUUGUGAUCACCAAGGUGGAAGACUUGACCAAAGAUCUACCGCAAGCAUUUACUUUGGAGGCUAAUAUUGACUAUUUAAUGAUGCAAUGGGAUGUGAUUAAAAUAGAAGAGAAAGAUGAAGAAGGGAAUCCGAUAGAGUCUACAAUAAAAGUACCCGCCGGCCCGUCACUCAAACUCCAGGAAUAUUUGUACGCUACAAGUCGGAUACUUGACGAAGUCGUCCCACACACACUACCAAUAGAAACACAUACGUUAUUCAUUGAGAAAGUUAUAGCUAUCACUUUCAAUCACUAUGAGAAAGUUAUAAGAAAGAAUGAGGCAGAUAUAAAUCAAAGAUGUGCGCUUCAACUGCUGAUGGAUGUAAGGCAUUUGACGUUGUUGUUGGUUCCUCGAGAGAACAAGAUGUUUACGGAGCAGUCGGUCAGAAUCUGCGAGUUUUUGAGACAAAAGAUUGAUCCGUUUGACUACGAUGUCUUCUAUAAAUACAUACAGACUAGCUUGAAGAGAUCUGUGCAACGAGUUCAGACUUUACUAGGCAGUCUAAUAUUGCACCACGGGCAGCUGACAGCGUUUAUUGGGACGAAGCCCGUACUGUCGGGCGGUACGGCAGACAAGGCGGCCGCACUCCUGGCCUCGGGUGAUUCCAACUGGUUCUCAUUGCUACCUGUAGCAGCACCACCGAGCCACCUCAAGAAACAGGAUAAACCUGUUAAGAAAAAGCCGGUAUCUUCAAGCCCCAACAAAUCUAAGUCCGAUAACAUAUCUGACUUGAUGACUAGCUCUUUGCCUAUAAACUUCGCAAAUGCUCGCUCCGGCGCAGCUUCCUUCUUCAAUUCGCUGUCUUCUGAUUGGUUCAGCGGCUCCUAAUGUUAUUUAAUCGAUAAGUUUAUUUAUCUUUAUUUUCAUUAAUGUUAUUAUAAUAAUAAUAGAUUUAUUUACAUGUGUAUGUUAAUAAUUAUUCAAACAUUAAAAUAUUAUGAGAGUAAAUUAUU